AUGCUGAACGUCGUCAAGUCGAUGUCCCGUACGAAAACGCCGGUUCGCACCUAUAUGAAGAAGCAGGUGAGCGCCACUACAAACUUCGAUGUCAUCGAUCAUGAGUUCGACGCUGUCGUCGUUGGUGCUGGUGGAGCCGGAUUGAGAGCAGCGAUGGGAUUGUCAGAGGGUGGAAUGAAAACUGCAGUUAUCACUAAGCUGUUUCCAACCAGAUCGCACACAGUUGCAGCUCAAGGAGGUGUGAAUGCCGCUUUGGGAAACAUGAAUCCUGAUAACUGGCGCUGGCAUUUUUACGAUACUGUCAAGGGUUCCGAUUGGCUUGGAGACCAAGAUGCCAUCCAUUACAUGACUCGUGAAGCGGAGAGAGCUAUUAUUGAGCUUGAAAACUACGGAAUGCCAUUCUCUCGUACCACCGAUGGAAAAAUCUACCAACGCGCUUUCGGAGGGCAAUCCAAUGAUUUCGGUCGUGGAGGACAAGCGCACCGCACUUGUUGUGUUGCGGAUAGAACUGGACAUUCCCUACUUCACACCCUAUACGGAGCAUCUCUCCAGUAUGAUUGCAACUACUUCGUUGAAUAUUUCGCUCUUGAUUUGAUUAUGGACAAGGGUCAAUGCAUCGGUGUGAUUGCUUUGGACAUCGAAACUGGUCAAAUUCAUCGUUUCCGUGCAAAGAGCACGGUUCUUGCCACCGGUGGAUACGGAAGAGCCUACUUCUCCUGUACCUCAGCUCACACUUGCACUGGAGACGGUACAGCGUUGACUGCUCGCGCUGGAAUCCGAAAUUCCGACAUGGAAUUUGUUCAGUUCCAUCCAACUGGAAUCUACGGAGUCGGAUGUUUGAUCACUGAAGGAUCUCGUGGAGAAGGAGGAUAUCUUGUGAACUCCCAAGGAGAACGAUUCAUGGAGAGAUAUGCACCAGUUGCAAAGGAUUUGGCGUCGAGAGAUGUUGUAUCAAGAGCCAUGACCAUGGAAAUCAUCGAGGGACGAGGAGUUGGACCAAACAAGGAUCACAUAUACCUUCAGUUGCACCAUCUUCCAGCUGAACAACUUCAACAGAGAUUGCCAGGAAUUUCAGAAACUGCUCAAAUCUUUGCUGGAGUUGAUGUCACCAAAGAACCAAUCCCAGUCAUUCCAACAGUGCAUUAUAAUAUGGGAGGAGUCCCCACCAACUACAAGGGACAAGUUCUCAACUACACUCCGGAAAAUGGUGAUCAAGUUAUCCCUGGACUCUAUGCGGCCGGAGAGUGCGCGGCUCACUCCGUUCACGGAGCAAAUCGCCUUGGCGCCAACUCACUUCUCGACUUGGUCAUCUUUGGGAGAUCCUGCGCAUUGAACAUCUUGAAAGAGAACAAGCCAGGAGACUUGAUCCCAGAUCUUCCAGCAAAUUGCGAAGAAAAAUCUCGUGACAACUUAAACGGACUUCUCCACUCGAAGGGUGAUAUUCCAGCCAUUGACUUGCGGCUGAAGAUGCAACACACCAUGCAGAAGCAUGCAGCUGUUUUCAGACGUGGAGAUUUGUUGAAGGAAGGAGUUGAGAAGAUGGCGUCUAUCUACAAGGAGCAACAGCACAUGAAGGCGUGCGCAGAUUCAGGCAAAAUGUGGAAUUCGGAACUUGUUGAGACUCUCGAGCUCCAGAACUUGCUCAUCAAUGCCAACCAAACGAUUGUCGCCGCUGAAAACCGCACAGAAUCCCGCGGAGCACACGCUCGAGAUGACUUCCAGGAUAGAAUCGACGAGUUCGACUACAGCAAGUCGUUGGAAGGACAGAAGAAGAAGACGUUCGAGGAGCACUGGCGCAAGCAUUCAAUCAUUGGAAUCGAUACCAAAACAGGAGCAGUGGAUCUCACUUAUCGUCCAGUCAUCGAUACCACUCUCGAUAAAUCUGAAACUGACUGGGUGCCACCGAAAGUUAGAUCCUAUUAA